GCCCUGCCUCUUUCAGAACGGCACCCAGAAGUCGUGGGACUUCAUGAAGACACAUGACAGCGUGGCCGUUCUCAUGUUCAACUCUUCGCAGAGGAGCCUGGUGCUGGUGAAGCAGUUCCGGCCAGCCGUGUACGCGGGCGAAGUGGAGCGCCGCUUCCCGGGGUCCCUGGCGGCUGUGGGCCAGGACGGGCCCCGGGAACUGCAGCCGGCACUGCCGGGCUCGGCAGGGGUGACGUUCGAGCUUUGUGCCGGCCUCGUGGACCAGCCAGGGCUCUCACUGGAGGAAGUGGCUUCCAAGGAGGCCUGGGAGGAGUGUGGCUACCGCGUGGCCCCCUCUGAUCUGCGACAGGUAGCCACGUACCGGUCUGGAGUGGGACUGACUGGCUCCAGACAGACCAUGUUCUACGCAGAGGUGACAGACGCCCAGCGCAGCGGUCAGGGCGGGGGCCUGGCGGAGGAGGGCGAGCUCAUUGAGGUCGUGCACCUGCCCCUGGAUGGUGCCCAGGCCUUCGCGGACGACCCGGACAUACCCAAGACCCUCGGAGUUAUCUUUGGCAUCUCUUGGUUCCGCAACCAGGUGGCCCCCUGCCUGGGUCUCCAGUGAGACUCCGGGGGGCCUCGGCAGAGGCCGGUCCCGACCACUCGCCCCCCACCUUGCAGGCCCAAUAAAGGCUCGCACAGCUCCA